AUGGCACGUUUUCUUAACUGUCACAUUUCUACAAUAUAUCGUGUUAUUAAUUAUUAUUGUUGCCAUCAUAAUGUAAACUAUGGACAUGAUGUUGAUCGUUCACCUGCACUCGAUUCAAAACAAAUCAAACAACUUGAUCGUGCCAUACAAAAAAAUCGAUCGGCUACUGCCGCUGAAUUAUUAUCAAUCACAAACUUCAACACUACCGAACGCACGAUACAACGCUAUCGACUAUCUCUUGGUUAUCGUCCUCGCAAGUCUAUUGUUAAAGUUAAAACCAAUCAUAUUAAUGAACAAAAACGUUAUCAAUUUGCUCUAUUGCAUUAUCGUGUUCGCAUCGAUAGUUAUAUUUUUGAAGAUGAAUGUUAUGUGGGUUUAAGAAACACACAACAGAUUGUUUGA